AUGGCUUUCGCUACCCUCUCAGCGGCUCUGAAUCGUCGCUUCUCGCCUACGCCUGCAGACGUUCAUCUCAAGGCUGAACAGUCGGCGAGGGUCGUGAAAGAACUAUGGGUACUGAUAGCUUGUGUUGUUAGCGCCAUUACCCUCGUACGGGUUAUUCGCGCCACGCAUGAUCUGGCAUUCCCCUCGCGGCGCACAUCCCCUACCGAAUAUGACAGCAAGCUGGAGGAGGACCAACCUCGACUCGGUGGUACAGGAGCCGUGUCUUGGCGCCGCCUUCCAGCUGCGGUUUCUGCUGGAUUCAAGAUUGUGUUCUAUCGCUGGACCGCCCCGAUGGGCCCGUCGUCGGUGAUCUCAGUUUCAGAGCUCGUGUUUAUAUGUGGCUACAUUGUCGCCAUGUUCGCUUGGCUUCUGAUCGACACACGCAACCUCACAACAUGGUUUUACCAAGAUCGUGCCGCGCACUUGGCGUCAUGCCAACUCCCCUUAAUUGUGGCAUUGGCGGGAAAGAACAACGUGAUAUCAUUCUUGACGGGGAUUGGACAUGAAAAGUUGAAUGUCUUGCACCGCGCUGCUGCGAGGACGUGCCUUAUCUUUAUCUGGCUGCAUGCAAUAGCUCGCGUAGUGUCUGGUUUGCCGACCAAAUUUGACUUUACGCAUGACUGGAUGAUCGCAGGCGCUACGGGACUAGUAGCGUUCACGCUUGCUGCGAUCCUGUCUGUGCGCCCCAUCCGUCACCACGCCUUCGAGUUCUUCCUGGUGACCCACAUAGUCCUGGUGGCUGUCUUCUUGGUUUGCGCCUAUUUCCACACUCGAUUCACCAACUACUCUACCUAUGUGUGGCCUGCACUUCUUGUCUGGGCAUUCGACCGCGUUCUGCGCUUAGGGCGGAUCCUUUGGAACAAUCGCAUAUGGCGAAGGAACUCCGGUGAUUCAACAACGGCCAGGAUCGAAUUGCUUGGGCAUGAUACAGUUCGCCUCACUCUCCGUCGACGCAUGACCUGGACGGCCGGUCAGCACACCUAUGUGAUUCUGCCGACCGUCAGUGGCCUGCCUACCGAGGCGCACCCCUUCACGAUCGCAGGGAUACCCGAGCCCUUGAAUGGAGCGAAGGGAGAUGCGACGAGGAAUGUUGUGUUCUUGAUUCGCGCUCGUCAAGGUUUCACCGGGCGCCUUCGCGAACUUGCUGCAUCCGGUCAGACCACCGUACCCACCUACAUAGAUGGACCGUAUGGCUGCCCGCCCGACCUCAGGCGAUUUUCUACCUGCUUGCUCGUUGCCGGUGGCAGCGGUGUUUCCUACACCAUGUCCCUCCUCAUGAGCAUUAUUCGCCAGUCGAACAUGAACGCCUCUAGGGUGCGCAGGGUGGUAUUCCUGUGGGCUGUACGAGAUCCAGAGCAUAUCUCUUGGAUUUCAUCGACGUUGAAUGACGCCCUUACCUAUGCGUCGCCAUCUCUGGCUGUGGAGCCCUGGAUCUAUGUGACAAGGAAGGGUAGGACGGCUGAAGUGGCCACUCUUGAUUACGGGUCGGACAGUCCAGUCGCCAGUCCCAUUGCGAAGAGCGAGAAGACUGCUCUACCUACGUACAGCGCUGUUAGGAUAUUCCAAGGGCGUCCUGACAUCGCCCAAAUAUUGGACGACGAGAUUAACUCCUCUUCGGGCUCGGUGUCUGUCGAUGUCGCGGGCCCUUCUGCGAUCUCCCAAUCGAUUCGUCGUAUCCUUCGUUCGAGGCUGUCCAGCCCCACGUCAGUACUGCGCGGUCAGCCAUCCGUGGAGCUUCACGUCGAGACUUUCGGAAUGGUGAAGUCUUGAGGCGACGACUUUCAGCACUCUGCUCAAAGACGUUAGAAGCUCAGUUGUAUACCUACAAUCACUUACCGCCUGUAUCAAGUACACCUUUAUGUCAAUGCCCAAUAGAUGCGCC